GCGGCCGGGCAAGAUGGCGGCGCUGGGGAAGCAAUAUGGGCUUAUUAUGCCCAAAAAAUUGCCACAGAAAAAUCUCGUUUCAAAGAAGCUCUCGGUGUUUGCAGAUGAGUCAGAUGAAGAGCCAUCUGUUGGGGAAAGUCUUCAGAAAGAAGCCUUGAAAAAACAAGCAAUGAAACAGACUAAAUUGGAGAUUCAGAAGGCUUUGGAGGAAGAUGCUACAGUGUAUGAAUAUGACAGUAUUUAUGAUGAAAUGCAGCAGAAGAAGAAAGAAAGUAGCGCCAAAAUGUUAUCUGGACAAGAUGACAAAAAGCCCAGGUACAUCCAUAAUAUCCUCAAAGCAGCCGAGAUUAGGAAGAAGGAACAAGAAAAAAGAAUGGAAAGAAAAAUUCAGAAAGAGCGAGAAAUGGAAGGAGGAGAGUUCGCACACAAAGAGGCUUUUGUGACCUCAGCCUAUAAGAAGAAGCUGCAAGAAAGGGCUGAGGAGGAGGAAAGAGAAAGAAGACAGUCAGCUCUUGAGGCGUACCUGGAUGUGACCAAACAGAGGGAUCUCAGUGGAUUUUACAGACACCUUUUAAACCAGAGGGUAGGGGAAGAAGAAAUGCCUAAAUGCAGCUUCCGUGAAGCCAGGAUAAAGGAAGAAAAACCCAACAGUCAGGAUGAAGCCACGGAAAGGGACAAAUGCCCGUCUGAGAGACAAAGAGUGAAACCCUCUGUCAAGAAAGAGAGUGAUCCAGAUGCUGAUACCGACUUAGGGACUGACAGUAGUGAUGAUGACAAGAGGCACAAACACAGCAAAGUAGACUUGAAAAAGAAGAAAAGGAGAGGGAGCUCGGUGAGCAGUGAAGAGGAGGCCAAACAUCCCAAGAGCCAGAGGCAUUCCAGGUCACCAAGCUCAUCCAGUGUGGAGGAGGAGCCACGAACCAAAGCCCAAACGAGUCAUCUGGCAAAGAGGGGGGAAAGCAGACCAAACAGAAGGGGAAAUGAUGAACUAUACAGGGAAAGAGAUUAUGAGAGAAGCAGGACCCAUGAGAAGGAUCAUCAGAGGGAGAGGGAAGAGCGACACAGGCACGGGGAUCACACUAGUAAGGAUCACUACAGAAGGAGGGAAGAGCAGGAUGAUAAGCAAAGGGGGAAGGAAAGAAAGGAGAGGGAGGGACAUGGCAGAGAAAGAGGAGAGAGGAGGGCAAAGGAGAGAGAGGAGAAGGGGUCAGAGAAGGAGCGAGAGAAAGAAAGAAGGAAUGAUAAAGACAGAUCUAAUGACAGAGAGAAGGAGAGAGGAGAGAAAUACAGAGAGAAGGAAGAUCAUGCAAAGGAGAGGAGAGAGAAAUAUGGUAGUGAUGAAAAGAAAUACAGAGAGAAGAGGGAAAGUACUCCUGCAUCUUCAGAAAAAGAUGGAGAUACUGAUGUGGAAAAAGAGAGAAAGGGAAAAGACAGGCAGGUGGAUGAGAAGGGCACCUCCAGCUCUGGGGUUUCGUCUGAGCAGAAACGUAAAGCUGGAGAAGAAGGGGAGAAAGAGGAGAAAGAACAAGCACAGAAACCUCCUGAGGGCAUGAGCAAAUUCGCCAAACGGAGCAACGAGGAGACAGUGAUGUCAGCACGGGACAGGUACCUGGCACGGCAGAUGGCUCGGGUCACCACCAAGCCCUACAUCGAGAAGGAGGAGGAUUAAUGUCCCUGUGGGGCACAGAGACACCUGGGCUGGCAGCCAAAAGGAAGAGCCACCUCUGCGUGGACUCUUGCACAGAAGUAAAAGGGUAUCCCAGCUAUUUAUUCCUGACUUUUCCUUUGAGAAAUUGUCCCUGAGUAGAACAACUUCUGGAGAGGAUUACAGGGUCACCUGAUACGCCUUUAGUCGGUUUAUACAGUUGGAAUAUUAAAUGUGGCCGAUUCUGCCCACCCUGCCCUACAGUCCUUGGUGCUUAAAGGGUUUGGACAGACCUGGGAGUGUUUAACACAAGGUGAAAAAGUCCCUCUGGCAGCCCCUGCUCCUUCCACCGGCUGAAACAAAGGUGCUCUCAGCCCUCAAACAGGAGUCAUUGUUGCCAAGUGAUGGUCACAAAAAGCAAACCUGUAAAGGUGUGGGGGGAAAGCAAGAAAAACAGCCUGAAUAAUAAUCUAGGAGAUUUCUGUACCUGGGGUAGGUUUGUAAGCUAAACUGAUACAUGAAUUUUGUAUUUAUGUGUGGGCUUUAGUUGGGGAGCCUGAUGUACAGAAACAAUAAAGUGUAAGAUACGUAUUGGA